CAGGCGCUUUCAGCUUUUUCAUUCUUGGAUCUUGGUUCUCUUCAUGUCCUUGCUUCAUAAAGGAAAAAUAUCUAAACUGGUUUCAAAAAUGUUUUUUUGUUGCUCUACUAUUUAUGGUUGUUACUAGCGAAAAACAAAAAGGUAUAAGGACGAAUUAGACAAAUGUCUUAUGGUUUACUGUUAUCUGAUAAUCUGGGAUGAUAUGUUGUUUGGAUUAGUUCUUUCCAAGCGAAGGUACAUUCAUUUAUGAAACACUUUAAUAUCAGACCGCACUGAACAAAACGCCAAAUAUUAAGAAUGACUUGUUGAAUAAAGUGAAAAUUAAAGCAAAAUAAAUUGAUUAAAAGUAGAAGUAAAAUACCUAAAAAAAUAGAAUGAUAUGAGGUAAAUAUAACAGCAAUGAAACUGUACAUGAAUAAGAAAAAAAAAUCAAAAAUCAAAAUAAGAUUAACUUUUACAAAGGCCAAAGGAAAGAGAUGGAUAUAACCAUAUUUAACCUAACCAUCUUUAAAACCAUUUUAACCAUGUAAUUUGGGAAUAGAAAUUAUAAAAGCCCUCUGACCUCUGAGUCCUUGACUGUGUCCUCCAUCAAUGACUGGUCAGUUAUUCUGUAAAAGGAACCUGUAGUGCAGGAUCAGUAGCUUCCACACAUUUUAACUGUGUUGAAGUAAAAAAACAAAGAAAAAAAGACUUAUGCAAAGAGAUAAAGCGAUAUGGACAAAGAAAUAAAUAAAAGAACCCCCCGCUCCCCUGAAUUCCCUCAAGAACUGCAGAACUUUAUGUAUUAAUAACACCUUCCUAAGUAUCAAUGUAUUGAUUUACAAAUCCUAUUUAGUGUUUACAGUGCAAAAAUGUUUGAGUAUAAUCAGAAAACAAUGCAGAUCAGGUUUACACCACAGUUUGUGACUCUUCUCCACCGUGUGAAAAUGUUUAAUAUUGGUGGACCCACAUCCUGUCUGUUAGACCAAAUGAAAUGUCUUAGAAUUUUAAAGCUUACCUUUAUCAUUGUUCUUGAGAUUUCCUGUUUCUGAUGGAAAUCAUAAAAUAAAAUUUUAGUGCAACUAUGUAACUUUGAUAAUCACAAUAAGCAGUAGUAGUCAGAUGAAAUGCUUUUCUUUGUAAAACAUGUUUGCAAAUGUUGCGUAUAGACUACGUUUUGUGGGAGCAGCCGCCAUAUUGGAUAUUGAUUUUAGAGUUGCUUAGGCUCUAACUUGGAAAGGUGGAUGUCUGGCUUCAGGAAAACGAUUUAAUUAAGUUAUUUUUUAUUAGAAUAAAUAAGCUGCACACAACUUUCAAAAUUGGAGUAGUUCUAUCUAUCCUUCUAGCUUUUUUUGCUGCAUUAUUGAACCAUUAAAUUCAAAAGUACCCAUAAGCACCUUUGGCGAGGCCUGUGUGGUUAAAGCUAGUUUAUUUGCUGUCAAUCAAGUUUCCACCCGCAGCUGUUCCCAAUCCAGACCGCGAAUCAGGCUCUCACACCAGGCAGCGGGUUUCCUCAGAGCAGCUCUGCCCGGUGCACCUACAGCUUCAGACUUUUUAGAAUUAGAUUUUAUUCCUGUCGUUGCUCCUGUGAAAUGCCAUUUGUCGAGGACCCUGCUUGUCUCUCUAAAUCUCGCCUGAAGUCAGAUUUAGUUGCUCACAAUGUGGAGCUGCCACCUGCAGGGAGCAAGAAAGAGGCUUAUGUGGCGCUGCACCUGAGACACGUCGACCAGACAAAUGCUGCGGAUUUCUCCAGUGAUGACGAUCAGGAGCACAAUGUGGCAGGAGGGGAUCCAGGAGGCGCAAAGGAGCUUGACCCGAGUGCAUUGACGGAUAAGGAUCUCAAGGCUUUGUUAUUCAAAUAUGGAGUUAAGGCUGGGCCCAUUUUAGCCUCCACCAGGGCAGUGUAUGAGAAGAAGCUCAGGAAACUGCUUCAGUCUGCUGGAGAGGGGGAAUCGAAUGAAGCAGAUAAUGCUGUGCUCUACUCCGACAGUGACGAGGAAGACGUGAGUGAAAAGGACGAGGAGAAAGAAUUGGAGGGAGAGCAAGAAAAAAAGUCUGAAGCAUUGGAGCUGAACCAACAACAGUGCAACGAGAAAAAUGUGCCAGCUCAGAAGGGUGACUUUUUUUAUCCACAGUGUUUUUUCUUAUCAUCAAGACUGCGUCCUUGUCCUCCUAGAAACAAUGAACGUAGUUCCAAGAGGAAUUCAAAGAAUGCAUUAAAAUCAUCAGAGCGAACUCAUCCACACCGCUCACAGAUUCCUGCAGGAAUUAGCAAAGUAUCCUCUAUAGCUCAACACUCAGGAUUAAGAUCAGGGGUUCCCUCUGGAUCUCAGUCAGUGGUGUCCAGUAGUUGCUCAUCAUUUUCCUCACAGGCUUUCAGCAUCACUCAGAUGGUUGAAAAGGAAAGUUGUACUUCAAGCCUUAUGAAUUCACAUUUUACAGCUUUAAAAAUUGAAAUGUUUAUGUCUCUGUAUUUACUCAACACACACUCCCACCGCAAACUAAUGCCAAACGACAACAACAAAAAAAAACAGAUGGAGAGUCGGGGCGCACCCUCUGCUUGCUCCUACAGUAAGCCGGAACAUUGGUCCCGCUCCAGCAGGCUGGACACUGACAUUGAAGACAAGGACAUAGUCGUGGAACAGGCAGUGCGCUACACUCCCAAGGACUCCACUUGUGUAAAGGAAAUCAAGGAUCCAGUGAAAGAUAUUUUAAAGGACCUUCUUCCAGACACAAAGACAUCACCUACAGGGAUUUAUGCCACUCCUCGGAGACCCAUCAAGGGUGCAGCUCAGCGGCCCAUCCAGUAUGCAUACCCAGACACUCCAGUCAGCCCCACAACCUUAGAGAGACAAGAGGUGGCGAGACGUCUUGCACCCGUCUACGUCCAGGUUUUGGUCUUCUUCGCUGUGAUGUGCAUCCUUUUCUUGAUAUUUGUUAAUGUUGAGAACACCAACAGUGUGGUAUCCUUGCUGGAACGUCAAAACCAGAGACCAGAUGGUGAAGAGGGAAUCCCAGUGCUAGAUGAGACACAGGAUGCAGCAUGUGGAGAGCUUUAACAUUUUUUUUUUUUUACCAAUCUAUGUUGACGUAAAGGUGUGAGCUUGCUGAUUUAAUGGCCAAGACUUGACCAUUGUUAUUAGUUAAGAAUCUGCCAGUCCAGUUUAACACUUCUGAAUAUUUUGCUUGACUUUAACAUUAAAAUGUUCUUAUCACUAUGUUGGCCAUUGACCGAACACUUAUUUAGGGGAAGGAAAGAUUUAUUCCUGACUUAAAAUUGUAUUGUGUAUUGCUAAUUUAGAUUCUUUAAUCUGUAUUGUAUCACUUGUAUGAUUUUAUACUUGAUUGUUCAAUAAAAUAUAUUUUGCUUCAUAUAUUUAACAAAUUGGCUUGGAGGGGAAAAUUGUUUUUAAUCUUGAAAACCCAAAGCAUUAAAUAUUUUAAAAAUUCAGCUCUGCAUGGUACUUUCUUCAGACAUCCUUUGCAUACAUUUCUGAAGAAUUUCUCAUUCUGUAAAUGUAUAGUUGAAGAGGCUACGAGGGCAACAAAGUGGACCAACAGGAAAUGGAAACCUGUGCAAGCCAAACUUUUCCUGCCACCCAUCUUUUGUUCACAAUCGGUGUAUACCUCAUCUAAUUUCUGUAAUACUUAUUUAUAAAUACAAGCACCUGUUAGAAGGAAGAUUUAUACCUGUUUGAAAAUUAAAGUAUGCAUUUCACUAAA